AUGUCUCCCACAAGACGAGGCUGCAACCCGUUAGCCUUUACCCCUUGGCCAGUAACCAUCAUAACCUCGCUGGUGUAUCUCGCCCUUCUCAUCCCACUGAUAGUCGUCCACCACGUCGUUCCCUCCGCGCCCAAGUCAAACCCAGAGGGCGUGGACCUAGAUGAGGCCUGGCACGAUCUACAGCACUUGACUCAGCAGUACCAUCCUUACAACAGCCGCGCGAAUGACGAAGUUCACCAAUGGCUCCUCGAGCGCAUCCACGCGAUCUCCGCAUCUUCGGCCCGUUCAAGCUCCAAAACCGGCCCUGAAGUCUUUGUUUUCGAUGACAGACAGACAAAUCUGACGUUCUCCAGCACUGGGGUUGCUGCAACAGCUAUUACCGGAGUGUAUUUUGAGGGCACAAAUAUCAUUGUUUAUAUCCGAGGCACGGAAGACAGCCAGGAGGAAUGGUGGACUUCUCCGGACGGUGAACCGUCAGGAAAGGGAGGAGUGCUCGUUAACGCACACUAUGACAGUGUCUCUACUGGCUAUGGAGCAACGGACAAUGGAGUGGGCGUGAUUACGACUCUACAGCUUCUCAAGUACUUCACCACUCCCGGACACUAUCCUCGAAAGGGACUGGUGCUUUUAUUCAACAAUGGAGAGGAAGACUUCCUCAACGGCGCGUACGCAUUCAGCCAACAUCCAAUGUCGAAGUUCACUCAUACCUUUUUAAACCUUGAAGGUGCUGGUGCAGGAAGCCGUGCCGUUCUGUUUCGCAGUACUGACACCGAGGUCACCAGGUUCUACGCAAAGUCAGCUCACCCCUUUGGUACGGUUCUUGCCAGAGAUGCGUUUAAGUUGAGAUUUAUCCGCAGCGAGACCGAUUAUUCUGUCUUUGACACUGUCUUUGGCAUGCGUGGACUCGAUGUUGCUUUCAUGGAGCCCAGGAGCCGGUACCACACUGAUCAGGAUGAUGUGAGGCACACGAGCGUUGACUCUGUAUGGCACAUGCUUUCAGCAGCCAUCACAACGACCGAAGGUCUAGUCAGUUACACCGGGGACGAAUUCGAUGGAGAUAACGGAAGGGAUGGAAAGAUGAAUAAUGGUGCUGGCACCUUGGGAGUCUGGUUUGAUUUCUUCGGCUCUUCCCUGGCAGUCUUCCAACUCAACACUCUUUUUGGACACUCCGUGGCGCUAUUAGUCGUCGCUCCGCUACUUCUUAUUAUUACGUGUGUUGCUCUCUACACCGUAGACAAGAUGUACGUGUUCACUAUGUAUGCAUAUUCCUCGGAAACAGGUGGACAAGUAUCGCUGUAUGGCCUGCGUGGAUUGUUCCGCUUCCCCCUGGUCUUCGGCAUUCCCACUGCUUUAACCGUUGGUCUGGCGUUUUUGUUAAUGAAGGUCAAUCCCUUCAUUAUCUAUAGCAGCCCAUAUGCCGUUUGGAGUAUGAUGUUGGCCACCUGUGUGUUUUUCGCAUGGUUUAUCUCCUGUGUUGCAGACUUUGCUCGACCAUCCGCGUUGCACAGGGCAUACGCCUUCUCGUGGAUUUUCGACAUCAUGUGGGUUCUCCUUGUGAUAUCUACCGUUUACCAGAAACAGCAUGGUAUAGCGAGUAGCUAUUUUAUCGUAUUUUACUUUGCCGGGGUAUCUAUUGCGACAUGGAUCUCGUACUUGGAGCUCUUUGGACUACCAACUACCCAAGAAUAUGCUCGCCAACAGAGCCAUGUUGUGGACCGAGCACCCAGUACCUCUGAUGGUCAGCUACUCGCACCCUCCGCAGAUGAGCUUCCAUCCAACAGCGGCGCCGCUGGGCAUGAUUUUAACCCCGAAGAUAUUGAAGAUGAGGAGCCUACAGAAUCCACGUCUCUUCUUCGCGGGCAACAGAGAACUACCUUUGCGAAUUAUGCAAGUGCCAGAGGCAGUGUCGAAAGUAACAUUGCCAACCAUGGUAUUGGUUCGUCACACCUUGGAGAUCAUCGACUAGAGCAACGGUGGAGUAUCGACUUAAGGUCGUCGGCUUGGGUAUUGCAAUUCCUUCUCGUCGCACCCAUCGUUAUCAUUCUCCUAGGCCAACUCGGCCUCUUCCUCACGUCGGCAACCUAUCAAAUUGGCGCGGACGGAGGCUCACAGCUCGUUAUAUACAUUGGUCUUGCCGUCCUAUCAGUCCUGAUACUCUUACCACUCUUCCCCUUCAUCCACCGACUAACAUAUCAUAUUCCAACAUUCCUGCUCUUUGUCCUCAUAGGCACUCUUGUCUACAACUUAGUAGCAUUCCCAUUUUCUCAUAGCAACCGCCUGAAAGUUGCAUUCCUACAAGAGAUGGACCUGGACACCGGGAACACCCAAGCAUCUCUUGUUGGAGUUGAACCCUAUAUCCACGACAUUGUUCACGCAAUCCCUAGCACCGCCGGAAAAGACAUUUCGUGCACCUCGAAAGGUUACGGGGGAAGGACUAAAUGCUCCUGGGACGGGUUGAAACCUAAAGUGGCCGAUGCCAAAUACAAGGAUUGGAUUUCAUACAACAUCUCCCAACCACUGGAUAGCAAACAUGCUCGUUUUGAGAUAUCCGGGAAAAACACCAGAUCAUGUCGGCUACUAUUCGACAGCCCCGUUGCUGACUUCAAUGUCCUCGGAUCGGUCGUUGACAAACGUAUCCCCCACACUGGGCCUAAGGGUGUUUCUGAAAUUCGGCUCUGGAGCCGAAACUGGGAAAAUACAUGGACAGUCGAUGUCGAGUGGGCUAAGAAGAGCGACAAUCGCCAAGGAAAGGUGAUGUGUAUUUGGAGCGAUGACAACGAUCUCAGGGUUAUUCCAGCGUUGGAUGAAAUUCGCAAUUUUGCUCCGGCUUGGGCUACAAUUACCAAGCUCCGAGAUGGCCUCGUUGAAGGUAGCCAUUCAUUCAAGCUAUAG